CUUCGUCGUCUCUGCAACUUAGGAAAAGAAUGACCAGGCCGCUCGCCGUGCUCUGCCUGGUGGCCGUGGGCGCCGUGGGCGUGAGCGCCAGCGCCGCGACCGCCGACCCCAGCCCCGGCCCCGCCCUCGUCCGGCCUCAGCGCGACGACGACUUCUCCAUCGAAAUCUUCGAGCCCGAGUACGAGCUCCUCCUCGGCGGCAUUGACUUGGGCGCCGGCUUCUCGGGGGAUCGGCAGACUGGCUUACUGGGAUUCCGACCCGGCUCUGUGGGACUAGGCCAAGCCGGCUUCCAGGCUAAUCAGGCAGGCCAGACGGUCAGCUACCAGGCUACGAAGGCAAGCCAGACGGUUAGCUUCCAGGCUACUACGGGAGGGCAUCCGGUCGGAUUCCAGGGCCAGCGGGGCGGGCCAGGCAGCUUCAAGGAUAAUCAGGCGAGUAUGGGAGGUGGAUUCCCAUCUACGGGAAGUGGAGGUGGAUUCCCGUCAGGCGGAAGUGGAGCUCCAUCUGGGAUAGGAGGUUUCCCGUCAGGAGGUGGAUCCUUGUCUGGAGCAGGUGGAUUCCCGUCAGGAGGAAGUGGAUCCUUGUCUGGAGCAGGUGGAUUUCCGUCAGGAGGAAGUGGAUUCCCGUCAGGUGGAAGUGAAUUCCCAUCAGGAAGUGGAUCCUUGUCUGGAGCAGGUGGAUUCCCGUCAGGAGGAAGUGGAUCCUUGUCUGGAGCAGGUGGAUUCCCGUCAGGAGGAAGUGGAUCCUUGACUGGAGCAGGUGGAUUCCCGUCAAGAGGAAGUGGAUUCCCGUCAGGUGGAAGUGAAUUCCCAUCAGGAAGUGGAUCCUUGUCUGGAGCAGGUGGAUUCCCGUCAGGAGGAAGUGGAUUCCCAUCAGGAGAUGGAUCCUUGACUGGAGCAGGUGGAUUCCCGUCAAGAGGAAGUGGAUUCCCGUCAGGUGGAAGUGAAUUCCCAUCAGGAAGUGGAUCCUUAUCUGGAGCAGGUGGAUUCCCGUCAGGAGGAAGUGGAUCCUUGUCUGGAGCAGGUGGAUUCCCGUCAGGAGGAAGUGGAUUCCCGUCAGGAGGAAGUGGAUCCUUGUCUGGAGCAGGUGGAUUCCCGACAGGAGGAAGUGGAUUCCCGUCAGGAGGAAGUGGAUCCUUGUCUGGAGCAGGUGGAUUCCCGUCAGGAGGAAGUGGAUCCUUGUCUGGAGCAGGUGGAUUCCCGUCAGGAGGAAGUGGAUCCUUGUCUGGAGCAGGUGGAUUCCCAUCAGGAGGAAGUUGAUACUAAAAAUAUCCACUUUCUCUGUGACCUGUUAACUUGACGGGCUUCUGUUCAUUAAAGUC